CCGGCGAUUUAGUUUUUCAGGGACUUUCAGGGGAAUGACACUCAGGGAAUUUUUUAAACCGGCGACCGUUGGCCACGCCGCCAUGAUUGUUGCCAACUGAGGGGUGUUCGGGGACUGGCAAUCGUCAUUGGCUGGCGGACGGUGUGGCGAACGAUUUUAGGUUUUCAGGGCUUUGAGUGGCUAAUUGCGGGGCGGUGGGGGGACAGCCGACCAAUGGACGCCCGGCGGUUUGGAUGGGACGGAGACGUGCGAGAAAAACCCGCCGUUAUAGCGUUGUGGAUUUACGAUUGUCAGAGAGGAUUUGGAAACGUCAGUUUUACCCGGGUUUUUAGUGUUUUUGGAGGUGAACGAUGCCAGAGAAUAUGCUUCAGGCAAAUGGAGAAAAAACGAAUGGCCAACGAGAGGAAGAGACCGAGGAAGUUGACGUGCAUUUCGAGCCAAUAGUCAGCCUCCCCCUCAUCGACGUAUCGAGUAAUGAGGAGGACGAGAUCGAGAUGAUAAAACUGCGGGCCAAGCUCUAUCGUUACGACUCGACGAGCGAGCCAGCAGAGUGGAAGGAGCGUGGCACUGGAGAUGUCAAACUACUUCGCCACAAGACGAAGCACACUGUUCGCGUCGUCAUGCGACGUGACAAGACCCUGAAAAUCUGCGCCAAUCACUUCGUCACACCCUGGAUGGAGCUGAAGCCAAAUUGCGGGAGCGAUCGUGCUUGGGUGUGGAGUGUACUCGCUGAUUAUGCUGAUGAACUGCUGAAGCCUGAGCUUCUGGCUAUUCGAUUUGCAAAUGCUGAGAAUGCAUCAUUAUGGAAGGAGGCGUUUGAGAAGGCAAAAAAAAUCGUUGGAACCGAGUGUUCAAUAUAUUCCGGCAAGAAAAACCCCGAUGAACAGGAUGACAGCUCCAGCGACUCCUACGUAACGUACAGUGAUGACAGCGAUGAAGAGAGUGAAGUAAAAAAAUCUCCAGACCUGGAGAAAUCCCCGAAUGAUGAAGAAACCGCCGAGAAACCCAAAGAGAACACCGAGGACAAAGCAACUGACGAAGUCACGGAGGUUUUGGAGAAACUUGAGGUGAAGGACGAGGAGAGCAAGUAACAAUGACCAAAACUGCUACUCCAGCACUAGAUGAUAACAUUCCCCCCCCCCAUGUACACAACACAAAUUCUAUUCAGAUACGGAUUUACCAGCUUAAGAUGCUAAUUAUGUAUUCACAGUUUUUUGUAAUGAAUUAUUGGGAAAAUUUUUACAAAAUCGUUGAUCGUCUCACAGAACAUUUUUUAAACGCAUUUUCAUUAUUUCGGAUGUGACAAGUGAUUAGAAAUAACGAAUGUUUUGUAAUAAAUGUUUGCAUGAUUAUCUGUGAUUUCUUCUUAUAAGUGCGUACCGUCUGCUAUUGUGCAGCUUCAUUUUUUUCUCAAUGGAGAAAUAAAUUUAGUAUUUCAAUUUCUGGCA